AUGUAUCCUUCUCAUCUCCUCGGCCUCGUUGUCUGGACCUUUCUGACCUACCUGAGUGUCUCCUUCGGUCGUCCUCUUCAUAGCCUGGACCAGAUAACAGAUGUCUUAACUGGCCUCUCAAUCAAGGAGGAUGUUGUCCAGCCACGCCAGGCCCCGCCGGUCGUGGAGAUUGACUGUACCUCUACCUCUAGUGGUGGCGACAUUGAGGACAUCUGUAAUAUGGACUGCUAUGCGAUCCUCUGCCUCAAGAAGCCCUCGACUCUAACCCGUAACUCAAAUGGGAAAAGGCAUAACCGCCAAAUGAGUGGAGCGAAUGUCACACCAUUUUCGGGAAAUUCGCUAGCUCUCGCUAGCCGAGGAGUAACCCGUUUGAACGAUAGCACCAUUAGUGCAGAAGAGUUCCCAUUCGCGGCUACGGAUCAAGGAGGCUCUGGUAAUCCGAAUAAUGACAACACGCCUCAAAUACAGUGGGCGGUGGUCGGAGGAGUUGAGCGUGUCGCACAACUGCGGCAAGGAGGACGAUUAAAUGCGGAAUUCGAUAGGGCCCAGGUUAACAAUGGUGAAGAUUUUCAAAUUCGUUUCAAAUCUAAUGCGGAAUUCUGUGUGGCGCUCAAUAAAGAUCCCCCCGAUACGUCUGUCUGUCAAAAUUCCAACCCAAAGCCAGACUCGCCACUCGUGAGAGUGUUUUAUCGAUCAACGCCAGCGACGACAUAUGUUCAAUUCUUGCCGGCUCGACCGGGAGUCGGGAUAUAUAAAGACAUCUUGGGCUAG